AUGAACCCGGCGACCUCGACCCGACCGCAGAGUCCUCGGGUGCCGGAGGAGCAGCAACCAGGAACAGCGCAGAAAGGGAAGUCCAAGGCCAAAACUCCCGCUGCCGACGGAUCACGGCGUGAUGGCGGAGAGAUGAAGAACGAGAUCCCCCGAAACAGCGACGCUUCUCUCAAGCACGAGGUUGAAGGGGAGGAAGAGGAGGAAGAAGACGAGGACGACGACGAGGAAGAGGAAGAGGAAGAGGACGAUGAUGACGAGGACGAUGAGGUCGACAACUUCACCACCUCCGAGAUCGUCACCGUCCACGUCGGCCCCAAGCGCAAACGGUUCCACCUCCAUCGCGACCUGAUCUGCCAACGCUCCCCCUUCAUGGAAAAAUGCCUCCAGAAGAACCGGUUCGAUGAGGGCUACAAGAACGAACUCUACCUCCCCGAAGACGACCCCAAGGCGUUCAGCAUCGUGGUCGAGUGGAUAUACAGAGGGAGACUGCCCGUCUUUGGGACGUUUGGGACGAGUCCCAAUGGUGGCAGCAGUGCAGCAAGUGUUAGAGUCACUACAGGACUGGACAUGUGCGACAUGUCUGCCGCGUACUGCAUGGCCGACAAGUUUGGCAUGGAGGAACUGCAGAAUGGGAUCAUGGACUGCAUACGGACGAAUUAUCGACUGGGCAGCGGAAGUGGAGGGGCCAGUGGCAGUGGUUGUAACAACGGGCACCAUCACUCUCACAUCCACCAUAUUAUCGGCAGCGGACAUGGCAGCAGCCGGGAAUCCAGCCGGGCGAGCCUCGUCUCCAGCCUAUCCGCCGUGGGAGCCGACCGAGACGCCCACGCCGGGUCCGACUCAGCAUCAUCCCCCAACCUGCGGCCCAACUACUCGGCCCUCGCGCUCGUCCACCUCCACGGACCGCACAAAUCGCCGCUGAAACGGUUCUUCAUCGAGCACCUCGUGCACCACAUGAUGACCUACCCGCGCCACUACCACGACCACCUCCGGAAAAGCGUGGUGGACGAGAGCGACCGAGCAGAAUUUGAGGAGCUCUUCAAGAUCCCCGAGCUGUCGCUGUUGAUCAUGCGCAAGGUGUGGCAGUGGCAGAUCGAAAAGUUUGGGGAUCCGGCACGAGACAAGGGCUGCGCGUACCACGUGCAUUCCACCACGCAGUGCGACUCGAAGACGAGGUCGGCUUCGACCAUGGCAGGCAAAGGCGCGGCGGGCAGUCGGCCGAUCGGUUCUGGUCUGGGAGGAAGUCCCAGCACGCACCCGGCGCAGAUUCUGCACAACCUGGCCCGGAGCCAGCAGGCGCAGGCUGGAUGGGUGGGUGGCUCGUCGACGGGUUUGGGCGGAUGGCAUCCUGGCGUGGGGUGGUAG